AUGGUAGACGUUUCCUUGACCAGUUUUACAAACUUUACAAACAAAACUAGCAGAGAAGACGACACAGCAGAUGUACCUCCAGUGGCUGGUGCCAUAAUCAUAAUCAUCAUUAACACUAUCACUUGUCCCUGCACAGUUCUGCUUAACGUACUUGUGAUAAAGGCUGUGAAAACGACGCCUCGACUCCGUACCAACAGCAACAUCUUGCUGGCCUGUUUAGCGGUAACUGAUGCCUUAACUGGUAUCCUUGGCCAGCCAUUCUUUGUCCUUUGGAAGAUAUUCCUAUUAUUCGGUCUCAGUAACAGUAAAACGUUUGAAAACUGCUACUAUGGAACUGUAAUCAUGUUGCUUAUAGCUUCAUACCUUCAUCUGAUGUUGGUUACUUUUGAGAGACUCGUAGCCAUUAGAUUUACGAUGCAAUACCCAAACAUUAUAACUGAGAAUAACAUGAAGAUAGCUGUGUUAGUAGUUUGGAUCAUUUCUUCUAUUUGGGGGAUUUUUGAGGCGAUGGAAUUGGAUCUAGUGCUACGUUUUAUGUCUGGCUCUGUUACUUCUUCAUGUAUUAUUUUCCUUUGUGUCGCUUAUUUCAUCAUGUAUCGUGAAACACGUCGUCACCAAGAGAAGAUAAAAACUCAACAACUGCCCCAGGAAGAAGUGGAAAAAUUCACCAAAGAAAACAAAGCGCUUAAGACAACUUUAUAUGUAAUUUGUGCUGUUCUUUUUUGCCUCCUUCCACUUUGUUUCUGUCUUAUAGUUACAGCUACAGGCCUUUAUGCGUCUUGCCCCAUCGAUCUGUCAUUGAUGCAAACUUUUACCAUGUUUAACUCGCUUGUUAAUCCACUGAUUUACUGCUGGAGACAAAAAGAAAUGAGAAAUGUCAUUUUUGGAAUACGAACCCAGGUCGCGCAUAUAAACAACCAGUGA